UUAGACGAGUUAUUUUGAGCCAUGGCCUAGGAUGACAUGAGCAGUAGGGGGUGUGAAUAUGGUAGUCCCAGAGGCUACCUAGCCUUGUCAAGAUCCCGUGUUAAAGCAAACGUUUCCCAUUCAGAACUGUAGAAACACAAGCGUAAUACUAUUGAGGGACAGCCUGUUGACAGUUGACAGCCUACUAUUGCAUCGUUUGUGAAGUGCCCUUGCCGAGGUACUGACGUUUCUGUAGGAGCCAUGAAUCUGCAGUGCACCUGCAUUUGACAGAGAUGCAAGUUUGUGCCCUUGCCCUAGCCAUCCAGGGUUCGUCUAUGGGAGCAGCAGACCAUUCAGUGUCGUUGUUAUGGUUAAGUAUAGGUAUAAGUGAGUAUAUUGUUUCAAGAGAUGCACCAUCAUUAAUAUCACUUACCACUUACCACUUAGUAUUAGUACUUAGUACUAGUCAGAUUACAGCCCAUAUCUAACUCACACCCCCUUUUGAAGGGAAGUUAUGAUAUUUUGGAGUGUUUCCCAUGGUGGUCCCUUGGGCGUAGUUAUGUUUUGUAGAGAUAAGCACACUUAACCCACCCGUUUACACUGAAAACAGCAACUAGUGUAGUGGUAGGAGUCUGACGUCGUACUUCUACUAAACAGUUGUCUGAGUUGGAGGUUUGUUUGAUUGAAGUGUCAAUAAUGGAUCCAGAGAAAAAAGAUAUAGUUGGUCUCAUUGCUAAAGUUAUUGCUGAAGCCUCGGAUUCAGAAAACAGCUGUGAAGUAUUGCUGGCUGGGAAACAGAACACAUCCAUUCAAGAUUUUACGUCUGCCAUUCCCAAUCACCUGCUGCUCGGCUCACUACUGGAACAUUUGUGCCUCGUCUACGAGAGAGAUCCCACUAGGUCACGCUCGCUCUUCAAGGUGAUUGGUCAGAAACUGGCCAGCAUGAACCUCCUCUCCCCCCUUGCCAUCAGUGAUGAGUUCAGCACUGUGAGACUUCAGCACAACCGUGCCUUCACUGAGCUCUUGCGGGCUGCCAGCUCCUCGCUCCUUCCCCAGGUGGGAUGGCUCAACGAUUAUAAAUACCUUGGUACUGAUGCCGAGAGUAACCUUUUAAGAACAAAAGAUGACCUUUUCCAAGCACAAACUUCACGGUACCUUAGUGAAUUUGAAGAGAUCUCAGCUGUUGGGAAAGGUUCUUAUGGGAAAGUCUUUAAGGUGACCAACAAGUUGGAUGGUCAGUAUUAUGCUGUGAAGAAAAUUCUCAUCAGGAAUGUGACCAGAGAUGACUGCAUGAAGGUUCUCAGAGAGGUGAAAGUCUUAUCCAGUCUUCAGCACCCUCACAUAGUAGGCUACCACACUGCCUGGAUGGAACAUGUUCAGCCGACAACAGACAACUCUGUAUCUAAACCUGUACUACCAGCCCUUGAAAGACCAUCACUGAGAUAUCCAGAAGAAAGCAGUGGCAGCAGCAAUGGCUCAUCCAUCGUGUUUGAAAGCUCAGGCUGUCCCAGGGACUCCAUAACUGAUGACACACACACAUCGGGGAGCAUCUCGCAGAGAGCUGGACCUACCGGAGGAGAGAGUUCCAAGGUUGUGUUUUCAAAAGUUACACGGAAUCCAGACCACUUUGUCCCCUGUGUGUACCUGGGCCAGCCACUCCCCACAUCUGGCACCUGCCCCGUCACGGGCUGGGACGGCUCUGGGUUGUCAGAGGAGGACCUCAGUGGGAACAGAGGGGAGAUGAACAAUAACUCCUACAUUGAUGUAGAUAGCAGUCACCAGUGGGCUGAGAGGCAACCACAGGAGGUGCAGUUCCACCUGAUGCUCUAUAUUCAGAUGCAACUGUGUGAGCGCUCCCUGAAGGAUUGGAUCCAGGAGAGGAACUCUGAGCCCAAAGAGGAGCUCACUCAUAUUACAGGUCCACACAGAUCUCCAGACACAGAACAACUGUUUCAUAUACUACGUAAAAUACUGGAAGGAGUACAAUACAUCCAUUCUAGAGGAAUUAUGCACAGAGACCUUAAGCCCAGAAAUAUAUUUCUCCAUGGACAUGACAGCCAUGUAAGGAUUGGAGAUUUCGGGCUGGCUUGCAAGGAUAUUAUUGUGGAUGAUAAUGAUCAGCAGUUACCCACCUCCUCUUGCAAUGCAGGUUCAACACACACCACAGGUGUUGGGACGUUUGUGUAUGCUGCCCCAGAGCAACUGGAGGGCUCACGUUAUGACUCAAAGUCUGACAUGUACAGUGUGGGGGUGAUUGCAGUGGAGCUAUUCCAGCCAUUUGGGACAGAGAUGGAACGUGUGCACAGACUUGGGGAGCUCAGACAGGGAAAUGUCCCUGAGACUCUGUCCCAGAAGUGGCCUGUCCUCGCCAACUACAUCCAGCUGCUGACCAGCCAGGACCCCUCGGAGCGGCCCAGUGCAACCCAACUGUUGGAGAGUGAGCUAUUUAGCACCAAAGACAAGGUAAAGCUUGACCUUAACUUAACUUAAAGAGCAAGAGCACAUCCAAAAAGGACCCUGUAGUUCAUACACCAAAAUAAGUUAUUGCCAUAGUCUAGUUUAAGUGUAAUAAUUGAACAAAAUUCAGGAAAAAUUUUGAAAGUAAUUUUCUAUAUUAGACAAUAGGUGGUGCUCUGGUUCUGAAUAUUGAUCUCAUUUAUGGCAGUAUGUUUUUUAUUUUUUUACUUAAAGUAGUAGUAAGGGGUUUAAGUUGAAAGCUAGCAAUUAAGUAAUGAAAAGUUAUGCAAAAACCUUACAAACACAAACAACAUUACAGUUGAUGCUGAUAAAAGGCUUGCUAGCAUGCUAAUUUCUGUCUUUUGGCGAUAUAGUUGGCGAUGUCGUGCUUUGAAAGCUUUUCUUACAUUUUCGCUGGGUGGUCCGACCUUGACCACAGAACUGAAUAGUGUAUAGCCUAGGCAGGAAGUUGUAAUGAUAGGCGUGUUAAUUGGUUCUUCACAUGACUAUAUACCAUGAAAAAUCAUUUGAAGAUGAUACCAGUACUAGUUGCUUACAAAAAUAUGCUUUAAAAAGUGGAAAAAAAGAACUUGAAGUUGUUCAACCCUUAAUCUUCAAAACACAUCAGGUUCAGUUAACAUGUAGUUCUAAUCCUGUCCAAAAAUGUCCAUAUGAAAAAUGAUUUAACCCCUAAAUGUCAGUGUUCUGUGGAGCAACCUUUUCACUUGAUAACCUCUCAUAAAUGUUUUUGGUAAGUUCUAACAAGGUUAUGACACACGCGUCUCUGUUAGUAUCUUGACCCACAUUCAAAAGUCUCCAGCGCAGGUGUGUUCUUUGGUUUUCCAUGCUGCCAUUACUUAAAUACAUUCCAGGUCUGCUUGCUGAGCCGAGCUUUGGUUGACUUGCACAUGUCCUUGGGAUAAUUGUCUUGCUGGAAAGUUAAUUGAUCCCCACGUUUCAAUAUGCAGAGAGGGUAUUACAUUCUGCUCCAAAAUCACCUGCUAAUCAAGAGAAUCCAUAAUACCAGUACACAGUCAAGAUGACUAGUUUCCACAGCAGCAAACAGGAUAGACAAACCACCAGGCAAUGGCAAUAGCAAUGGCACUUUUCUUGAUGGAGGCUUUACAUCGGAGAAACCAUUGAUUCAUGGGGCCAAAUAAUUCAAUUUUACGACUCAUCACUAAAUAAACAGUCUCCCAGGAUACCAAACGCUUACCAAAUAACAUCCUUUAUACUGAAGUCAACAUUUUAUGUGUUUUUUGAUCAAGAGUGAAAUGGCAAGGCAUGUAGUCCUACCUUCCUUAGAGUUUAAUCUAAAGUCUGCGCAUUUUUCCAGUUUCUUCAGGUAACUCUAGAAAUAUGUUUCAGUUAUGUUUACUGUAACUAUAAACGUAACUGUUUAUGAUCAUAUAUCUGAUUUUCUCUUCUGAGCCCAGGUAGGGCUAUCUGCUGA